GGUCACACACAGCUGUCAGCUUUGUUUUUACUUUAAAAAACUUGUGCCGGCAUCUGGUCGAUUUCUGACUUAAAAUAAGCUUGUUCAGCGCGUAAUUAGUAGGAAUUCAAGCAACAAGAUGUCUUUCGUGGGACGUACACUGAUUCGCAACGUGCCGCUGUUUGGCAAAGCUGUUCUGAGUCAGCAGAAACAGUUUGCAGCCCGCCUGCUCCAUCAAACCGCUCCCCUUGCAGCAGUUCGUGUUCAGCAGCCCGCUCCCGAUUUCAAGGGUCUGGCGGUGGUGGGUAACAGCUUCCAGGAGGUGAAGCUGGAGGACUACAGGGGCAAGUACCUGGUGCUGUUCUUCUACCCACUGGAUUUCACAUUCGUUUGCCCCACGGAAAUCGUUGCAUUUAGCGAGCGCAUCAAGGAGUUCCACGACAUCAAUGCCGAGGUUUUGGGCGUGUCCGUGGACUCCCACUUCAGCCACCUUACCUGGUGCAAUGUGGACCGCAAGAACGGCGGUGUGGGCCAGCUGAGCUACCCGCUCCUCUCCGAUUUGACCAAGAAGAUCUCCGCCGACUACGAUGUGCUGCUGGACAAGGAGGGCAUCUCGUUGCGCGGCACCUUCAUCAUCGAUCCCAACGGCAUCCUGCGCCAGUACUCCAUUAACGACCUGCCCGUGGGUCGAUCCGUCGACGAGGUGCUCCGCCUGAUCAAGGCCUUCCAGUUCGUCGAGCAGCACGGAGAGGUGUGCCCGGCCAACUGGAACCCCAAGUCGAAUCCGGCCACCAUCAAGCCCGAUGUCGAGGAGUCCAAGAAGUACUUCAGCAAGCACGGCUAGGGAGUCAUUUAAUAAUUAAUAGCACACCUGAAACAUUCACUACACUGAAAAGACUCGAAGAAUAAAGAGGUAAAAGAUGGGAAA